UCUUCCUUCAUCCUCCCCGGCUGCCUUCAUCCCCCUUCUCUCUCUCCACCUUCCCUUCAUCGCAGCCUCUAUCUCCCCCAUCCUCUCCUCAUCCUUCAUCCCCUAGUCCUCUUCCCCAUCCUUCCUCCUGCCCUCCUCCCCCUGUCUCCUCUUCCUCCUCCUCUUCCUCCUCAUCUCCCUCCCUCCUCCCGCCUCCCCCUUUCCCUCCUCUUCCUCCCCCAGCAGUGACGUCUCUAGACGUGCAGCUCCCCGGCCCGGCGCAGGCACCGUUCAGGGCUCUGGUACCGCGGCCCGGCCCGGCAGCAUCCUCCGGUGGGGCGCGGGCGCUGCCCGGGGCCGCCCAUGCGGCCGGGGGGCGAUGCGGGCGGCGCGGAGCCGGCGGUAGUGUCCGCACCGGGCCCCCCCGGGAGCAUGGGCUGCAUCGGCUCCAAAACCACCAUCGUGGCAGUGGACACAACGCUGUGCGUGGAGUGGAAGGAGGUGAAAGUGCUGUCACCGCUGAGUGCCGCCCGCCCACUGUCCCGCCUGGCACGACAGGCCUCCUUCGACAGCCAGGACUUCCUCCAGGUCAAUGUUGAGGACACUGUCGAGAUGCUGCCCAAGUCGCGGCGCGCGCUGACCAUCCAGGAGAUCGCUGCCCUGGCCCGUUCCUCGCUGCACGGGAUCUCGCAGGUGGUGAAGGAGCACGUGACGAAGCCGACAGCCAUGGCGCAGGGCCGUGUUGCCCACCUCAUUGAGUGGAAGGGCUGGUGCAAGCCAGUGGAGCCACCCACUGCUCUGGAGAGCGCCUUCAACUCCUAUUGCCACCUGAGCGAGGGCGAGCAAGAGGCGCGCUUCGCUGCUGGUGUGGCAGAGCAGUUUGCCAUUGCUGAGGCCAAGCUGCGAGCCUGGUCCUCAGUGGAUGGGGAUGACUCCAAUGAUGAGUCCUAUGAUGAGGACUUUGUACCCUCCACGGAGAGCUCCCAGCCCACCGAUCUGCCCGGCACGGUGCCUGCCAGCGCGCUGCUGCGAGACCUGCUGCAGGGCCACCUGUGCCAGCUGGGUAUGCGACACGGCUCCUGUGAGCCUGAGAGUGACUCCUCACACACCCUCUCCCCUGAGACCCUCUGCUCCAGCCUCUGCAGCCUGGAGAUGGUGUCCCCCUCUGAACUCACUGCCAAACUGCUGGGAUCCCUGGGGAGCGAGGACCUGCUGCUGCCCAAGCCGCCCCCCCCGGCCAGCCAAAGUGCCUUGCGGGGUCUGGCACGGCUCCGGUGCCAGGACUCCCUCUACUCUGUGUCCUACACCGAAGCCUGCCUCUCACCUGCUGAGGACGAGGUGGUGCUGAGCAAGGACUUCCCACUCCACCGUAAAGUUUCUGACGUCGCCUCCUCUGGGGUGGCAUCACUGGAGGAGGAGGAGGCCGAAGAGCCCUGAAGAUGCCCCCCUGGGGUGCCCCAUCUCUCCUGGCGGGGGUCCAGUCCCCCUGCCAGUGCCCCCCCACCAGCUGGACCCUGCAGUGGGUGAGGGACAGGCCCUGCCGCCUCUCCCCCUUGCUAGCUCGGUUCAGGGGGGGUUUGGGGGGCCACCACAGCCCCCCUGGCCAGUGUACCCCUGCCCUGCUUGGCCACAUCGUUGCCUCCUGGAUUUUUGCAUGAGAGCGGUGACAGGGCAGAGGGAAGAGCCUGGGGGGGAGGGGGGUUCGACCGUCCUGCCCUGACACCUAGAUGUGCCCCCAAAAAUGGAUGAGACUAAAUCAGUGGGGUUGGUUGUUCGCAUGUUCCCCCCUAAACUGACCCUGGCUCCCCUUUUCGGCACAGACACUGACCCGCCCCCCCCCCCCUCCCCUGCCCCAUCGUUGGCAUGGCUCAACCUCUCCAAGCACCUCGUAGUGCCCCCACCCCGUGGCCAGCACCCUUGGCUGGGGGAGACAGGGGGAAUUUGGGGAGGGGGGGCUGGGACUCCUCCUCUAUCCCUGACUGGCUUUUAUUGGACCGAAUUUUAUACUGUG